GAAAUGACCUUUGGCUUUAAAAAGAAGACUCCAUUUUUCAUGAUAAAAUGGCAGCGGUAAAAACCCCCAGCAGAGAUGUAAAGAAUGCUGAAGAACCAUUUCAAAAUGUGUCGCCCCUCCUGUUAAGGAGCCUAGUGGAGGAACCCACGAGACCAAAAGAAGUACCCAAUCAUCUCCUGGAGUCAAAGGUUUAUGUGAAUCUUCUGAAUAAUAAGGUCAUACAGGCAAAACCCGGCAUAUUACAUUUUGGAGGCUAUCAAGUAGAGAAACAACACCAGCAGAUAUUGCAUCUGGUCAAUAUUUGCGAUGAAGACAUACAUGUUCAUAUUUUACCCCCGCAAACUAAAUACUUUCAGAUCAAGUAUGUGAAAAAGGAGCACCGCCUUGUCCCUGGCUUGUCUCUCAGGAUCACCAUUACAUUUUCUCCAGAUGAGUGGCGAUACUAUUAUGAUUGCAUCCGCGUUCACUGUAAGGGAGAUGAGACUUUGCUUAUUCCCAUUCAUGCAUAUCCUGUCGUGAACACACUGGACUUUCCCUCAUUUAUAAAUCUAUCAAAUGUUCUACUUGGUGAAAGCAAAAGCCACGUGAUUCCUUUGUGGUGCAGUUGUCCUGUGGAUUUCGAGUUUCAUGUCACUGUGGUUCAUCCUCAUCAGGCCUUUACUGUGGAGCCAACAUCAGGAAUAAUCCCGGCGAAUGGGAAGAUGAAUGUGACAGUGAAGUUUACCCCGUUUCAGUAUGGGAUGGCACAGAUAAAAAUGCAGCUGUGGGUUUCACAGUUCAACUCUCAACCGUACGAGUGUGUCUUCACCGGGACAUGCUACCCCAACGUGGCUUUAAAGUUGGAAGAAUUUGAAAGAGUAAAUACUCUUUCUAAGAAAGUAGUUGUUCCUCCAGAAAAGGCAAUGACACGUGUACCUUUUCCCCAAUUGCCAGCAAAGGCAAAGCCUCCAAAGAUUAAGGAAAUCGAAUAUCACAACUUGAGAUUUCCAGUAGAUUUAUUGAAUCCGUUUGCUGUGGCAACUGUUUUAAACCAAGAACCAGGAAAAUUAAAGAUUAAAGAAUUGAGAGAAGUUUUGGACCAAGGCACUGAGAUUUCAAAAACAAGACAAAUGAAAGAAGCACUCUUUGAACAGAAAGUCAGACAGGACACUUGUGAAGAGAUUGAAAAUCACCUGAAGUGGCAGGUGCACCUCGGUAAGGAUCAUAUGUCCUUUAAAUUAAAAAAAGACAUUUAUGAGGAGCGGCAAAGAGUAAACAACAAAUACAAGCUAGAUAGAGGAGAUCCUAUUUUGUAUGAGGAAUUCCAGCGACGCAAGACAGAAGUUCACCCCAAACGGAUUUUACACGACCUGGAAGAAAAAAUCCAGGAAUUUCAUCCUAAUUUUGAUCCACUCGUUAAUAAUACUUGGGUCAACAGAUUCCGAGCACAGAGACGGUUUCAACAAGCAGCUCGCAAGGUCCUGAUUCAUCACCGCUUGCUUACCAUGCUGAAUGCCGUCCGUAACAUACAGAAAGACAUCGUCAUGAAAAGGUUCUCUCAGGAAAGACAGUCCAUGGCACAAGACAAGAGCUUCAAAUACCAGCUGGGGCGAGUCAGUAAGGACGCCAGCCGGUUCUCUGUGUCUCCCCAGGAAGUACUGCCCUUUGCCUUUCCAUCCUACAGCCCUCCUCAGGACUCCAACGAACUGGCUCCUGGUGGCCUUGGACCUGUCCCAAUUAAAUCUUCAGAAAUUCAAGUCAAGCAGCCCCAUUCCUUCUUCAAUCUGCAGGUUCCUCAGCUAUACAAGAUCAAGAGGUACCAGCCGGUCUCUGUGCAGGGGUCUUCAGCCAGCUACAGACCUCAAAAGCUUGCUCGGGCCCUGAGGCAAGGAGCUGAGGACGAAGCCACCACGGUCAUCACCCUGCCCAAGCAGGAUUCCUCGCCCCAGCUGCCCAGUGAGACCUCCGUCCUGAGCAUAAAACUCCCCGAGGCCAUGGCCCAAGCUCCAGAUUACGACCCGCUUUAUAUUUUUAAUCCCAGCCCGGGACUGUUUGCUGUGAAGCACCCUCUGACUUACGUGGAAACCUUGAUCGAUUACCACCUGUGCUCCCACCCCAAGUAUAAGUUCACCAAGGAGUACCACUGCGGCUCCAGCAUCCCCCUCACCCAGAAGCAAUUUCUCCAUCACACGGACAUAAUACCUGGAGUGAUGACCUGGAAGAGGUUCCACAGCCUGGUGUUCUCAUCCCUGCCCGAAACUUAUAAGACAGAGGUGUUGCCGAGCUGUGAUUCCUUCAACUUAGUCAUGCUGCCUGUUGACGUCCCUGCCGUUCUUGACGCCUUGCCGGAAGAAGACAGGAUAGAGACAGUCGAACGUGAGCUCUGUGAACAGAGUAUGGACAUUAUGCUGACCCCAGAAAUGAUCGAAGCGGAAUUCCCAAUGCUGGACUACAGGGACACCAAGAAGGAGAAAGAGGUGAAGGACCAAGCACAGCCAACGGAGAAGGCAGGACAGAAGGUGCUCGAGGAGAUGAAGAACCUGCGGAGCAAAGCGCUCAGCUCCUACCUGAUCCUCGAAUGAAAACCACCAGGAGAUCAGUGCCUCUCACUUCCUUUCUGCAGGUCACCAUGGUCCUCUGUGUCUGCUUAUGUUCCAGCCAUUUGGGGAAUUAAAGUUUUAGAGAAAAAGACUGAAAUAUAGAUGAUGUAUAUAUUUUAAACUUAUAGAUUUUUCUUUUAAAAAAUAAAAUGUCGUUAGUAUGA